CACACUGUAGAGCACUCGGCUCGCGGGUAUUGAGAAAACCCUCAGGAGGAGGAACCAACAUUUUUUCAUUUACCCUUAUCAUCACUUCCUUACCAGCGCCAAAGCAAACACGCGCUCCUGAAGGUGUAUGAAACACUUAUCGAGAAACGGGUUCAAUGUUUCGGAUGAAAACGCAGCCUUAGAUUCGCUGGAAAGCUGUCAUUUCGGUUUAUUAGACCGUAGUAGACGAACGAUUCAAGAAAUCCAAACUAAGUGCGCACACAUUUCUAAAAUCUGCAGUCAUCAUCACUUUGAAGAAUAAUAAAUAGGCAUCCACAGCGAGUAAAGACUGAUCGUGCUUUGAGUUUGACUAUUGAAAGUUCCAGUUUCAUCUGUAGAAACGUUUUGCUAUAGAGAUUUGAACACGCUACGCCAUAUGGAGAGAGAACUGUGUUGAACAACUACCGGAUUUUUUUUUCUCGACCUAAAUCAUGGAAAGCUGACGGCGAGGACCUUGAGUGACUGUGUCUUACCAGGGAAGAAAACACUCUCUCCACAGAGUCAAGUAACAGUGAAGACAUUUACAACACAUAUUUUCCUUUGAAGAAACAACAGGGGCCUCAUUUAUCAACCGGCCUCUAAGACUCCAUAUCAAACUCUUACUUUAUCUGCAAAUCAGCUGAUCUGAGAGCUGUCAUGUCAGCGUACGGACAGCCCCAGUACAGCCCCGGCCUCCAGCCUGCGGGACCCUACCCACCAUACACUCACCAUGCCCAGGGUUACGGCAUGCCCUCCUACAACAUUAAGACAGAGGAUGGCCUUAGCCUCUCUCCAGGACAGAACAGUCUCCUGAACUACUCAAACUACAGCAGCACUCCCCCCAGCCAGGCUCUCUAUGGCUACUCUACACACGGUAACAGUAUUUCAUCUGGGAUUUUCCAGGGAGCCAACCCCAUCACAGGCUCAACUCCCUUCAACACCACACAACAGGACUUCUCAGGGUACUCCAGCUACAGCCAAAGCCAGUACUCACCGUACUACAACACACACUACAACAGCCCGUACCUCAGCCCUAGUGCCAUCACCACGUCCAUACCUUAUCAGCAUCCAGAACACCCCGCUGUGGUGCCCAAUCACAGCCCAGAGUCUCAAACAGGAGAGUACCAUCCCCCCCCUAGCCCCCCCACCCCAGGGAAAGAGCCGGAGGCGGUGCCAGCCAGACGGAGCUCAGACGGGAAACUGAGGGGCAGGAAAAGAGUCAGUGACCCACAGCCCCCCCUGGACUCAGAUAUAGAGCGUGUGUUUGUGUGGGACCUAGACGAGACCAUCAUCAUUUUCCACUCUUUGCUCACAGGGAGCUUCUCCACCCGAUUUGGCAAGGACUCAUCCAAGGCAGUGUCGCUGGGCCUGUGGAUGGAAGAGAUGAUCUUUAACCUGGCCGACUCACGACUAUUCUUCAACGACCUGGAGGAAUGUGACCAAGUUCAUAUUGAUGACGUGGCGUCAGACGACAAUGGGCAGGACCUGAGCACGUAUAAUUUUGGCACAGACGGUUUCCAGAGCCCUGCGGGGGCCGGUACUCUGUGCCUGGGCUCAGGUGUCCACGGUGGGGCUGACUGGAUGAGGAAACUGGCCUUUCGCUACCGGAGGGUGAAGGAGAUCUACAACACUUUUAAGAACAACGUGGGAGGUUUGCUGGGCAGUCCCAAGCGGGAGGAGUGGCUGCAGCUACGGAGGGAGAUGGAGGUUCUAACAGAUCUGUGGCUGACUCAGGCUCUCAAGGCCUUGGCCCUCAUAAACUCCAGACCAAACUGUGUGAAUGUGCUGGUGACUACCACCCAGCUGAUCCCAGCCCUGUCCAAGGUCCUGCUCUACGGACUGGGCUCAGCUUUCCCUAUAGAGAAUAUCUACAGUGCCACCAAGACAGGGAAGGAGAGUUGCUUCGAGCGUGUGGCUCAGAGGUUUGGUCGGCGAGCGGUGUACGUGGUAAUAGGGGAUGGAGUGGAGGAGGAGUCUGUAGCUAAGAAGAAGAACAUGCCCUUCUGGAGAGUGUCGUGUCGGCCUGACCUGGAGGCUCUGAGUCAUGCACUGGAGCUGGACUACCUCUAGUGGGCACUAUCCCAUCAUGCCCUUAGCCACUUCCUGCCUGGUGAUGCCACUUCCUGUCCAAUGGACCAAUUUGGGGUUGAGGGCGGCGUCAAUUCACCACAAUACAGAAGCCAAGAAUAAGGGACCAAUCUUUGUAUCUUGCAGGGAAUCGCAAUUGUUACUGGAAAUAUUAUGUGCUUUCAUCCUUUUACACAGAGACUUUUACAUAUGAAAGGUAUCCCACUUUUCAACUUUAGAGCGUUGCACUGAAAAUAACAAUCUAGGUGAUAUAAGUGCAUUUUUCCUUACAUGGAGGAUGAAUAGUUGUGUUAUGUGCUCACUUUUCUUAUUAGGAAUGGGAUAGAUAAGAGGACAUUGUUAAAGGGCAAUUAGGCCACUCUUCAACCUCAUUUCCAUUAUCUCCAGCACCAUACCAGAGUCUAGAUAUGUGAAAACGUAUUUUUUUAAUGAUCUGUGGUUGAAAGUUAAGAAGAAAGGUCCUAAAAAAGAUUAUCUGUAGCAUCACAGGCGAGGAUUAAAAGUAAGAAAAACAGUGAUUAUCUAAACCUGCAAUGAGUUUCUAGCCAGGGGGAGGAUAUUUUCUUGCUCCCCAUGUCACUGCGAAUCUCAGUGUUUGAAAAUCACUAUUUUUUUGAAAUAAGUUUAAACUUUUGAUGAUGUCAUCGGGUAGAACUAUUUGUUUUUACAAAAUGUAGAAAUGCACUGUUUUCACAUAUAGUAUGUAGACACUGAUAUUGUGCUGGACAUUUUUAUUGUCCCCAUCAUAAGGUGCACCUGUGUAAUGAUCAUGCUGUUUAAUCAGCUUCUUGAUUUGCCACACCUGUCAGAUGGAUGGAUUAUCUUGGCAAAGGUGAAAUGCUCAUGAAUUUGAGAGAGAGAGAAACUUUUUUGUGAGCAUCGAACAUUUCUGUGAUUUUUUAUUUCAGCUCAUGAAACAUGGGAACAACACUUUACAUGUUGCAUUUAUAUUUUUAUUCAGUAUAAAAUGAGGGUUAUGAAUGAGGAUUGGACAUUACCAGCAAGUUAUUAGAGAUAGCUAGAUCCUACCUUGACUCAAUUGUUUCACAUGGCUUUUUUGAUAGAAUGUCAAUUUAUAGUAUAACUACGGCCCCAAUAGUAGAUCUGUCUCAUUUAGCAGGUUAUUGAAUAGUCUAAUAUUAUGAGCUGAGACCUAAAAAAGUAAUAAUGGGGAAAGAUUUGAGCAAAACUUACCAGCGACAAUUAUCAUUUUUUGAUGAGAUAGCAUCUCCUUUCCUAACAUCACCAUAACAUUUAAUGCAUAGUCCAUUGCCCUAUGAUAUGUGUCAUUAAUCAUUUCAUUUAAUAUCCUAUUCAUUUGCAACAACCAUUCUUAUGCAGUCUAUAUAAACCGGACCACAUACUCCCAACCCUACUGAAGGUGCCAUACCUCUUCUGGAUGAUGACAUUUUCAUCUAAUAUACCAAAAAAUGAGAAGUCAAUUAUCUUAUCCAUUCCGUGCCCUUUUAUGAAAAUAAACUAUAAAUUGGUAAGAGCAGCUAGGCCAAGAUGUUCAGACAGACAGAGACCAACAGCAUUACUAAAACUAACAACAUCUUAAUGAAUGAGUAUGGAAACGAAGCAAUCCUUUGACAAAGCACAGGAAAAAUCAACUAUCCAUACCUUGUCUCUUUCCCCAUAUACAUUUGUCUUGGAGAGGACUUAGUCUAGAGAUUGAAUCUUUUUAUUAAGGAACACAUUUUCUGCUUUAUAAGUUGCUGGGUGUACAUUUGUUGUCAUCUUUCUCCAUGAAUGUUUAUGUAUAACUUGUAUGUAAGGAAAAUGCUACGAUAGUCUUUGGACUUGCAUGUGCCUAUUACACUGUCAGCUUAGCUAUGAUCUGUAUAUAAGGUUUUAUUGUUUCGACGGACAAUUAUAAUAGAUUAAUAAAGAUAAAUUAAUUACA